GUAGCCACCGUUCUCAAAACUUUACAAAAAUGCUUUUUCAGUAACUUUGUUGUAGCUACAAGUUAUGCAAUUCGAAUCCUCUCAAGUCAUAUUUAGCCAAAGUUGAUUUGAUACAGAGUUUCCUUUCAGGUUUGCAUUUCAGGAUGAUACUCGAGUUGAUGGUCAAUAGCACACUGGUCCACAUCCAGAUGUCAAUGUUCUACAACAAUAGCAAUUGAUGUUCUUUCUAUAAUCAUUUCACCUAGCUAGCACAAUGUGGAACUUUGCAACCAAUUGCAUAGCUGGAAGCAUUGGGCUGAAGAAUGACUCUCUGAAGCGGACCCAAGAUUCUUUAGAUUGCUCAGACGAUGAAAUUUCUUCUACCACCAGCAGAGAGGAGGGGCUAGAGUGCCCGAUAUGCUGGGAAUCCUUUAACAUCGUUGAAAAUGUGCCUUAUGUUUUAUGGUGCGGGCACACCCUCUGUAAGAACUGUGUCUUAGGACUGCAAUGGGCUGUUGUGAAAUUUCCAACUUUACCAAUCCAGCUUCCGCUUUUCAUCUCCUGCCCCUGGUGCAACCUCUUAUCUCUCCGUCUGGUUUAUAGGGGAAACCUCAAGUUUCCCCGGAAGAACUUUUUUCUUCUCUGGAUGCUUGAGAGCAUGAAUGGUGAUAGGGUGCAGUCACAUUCAGCUUCAUGCGGGGAUCAUCAGCCAGUCUGGCCAUCAAAUGCCAAGGUAGCACUAGGAAGUCAUGUAAGCCACUCUAACCUCUGGAGGGGGCAGUAUGGUCAUCAUCCAGAGUCUUCUGGAUCAACCCAUGAUCAUAAUCGUGUCAAUCUCACUGUGGAGAGGCUUCAUUCCUCCCUUAGGAAGUCCCUUGUUUUCUUUGUUCAUCUGACUGCCAAAUUCCCGUUGGUUUUGAUAUUUCUUCUGAUCAUCUUGUAUGCUAUACCUGCCAGUGCAGCCAUCUUGGCCUUGUACAUCAUCACCACCGUUGUGUUUGCUCUCCCUUCUUUUCUUAUCUUGUAUUUUGCAUAUCCUAGCUUGGAUUGGCUGGUGAGAGAAAUCAUCACUUGAGAUGCGGGCUCUUUGGAGAGAAGUUUGCCUCGUAAACUGGUACUUCUCCAUCUACUGUUUUCAGCGGCACCAUAUGUCCCUUUCAUGAUUGUGAAGCCUACUAUCCUUCGUGCCUUCCAAUGUUAAGAAUUCCUUUAGCAUGUGGUAGCCAAGGCUUUUUUGGAUAAGUUUGGUAGUAUAUCCUUGGUGGAAUUUUUUUUUUGGUUGUUGGGUAUCAUUUG